AUGAGAGCAAAGUCUCCAGUGAGAUCUAUAUCUCCUCGGAGAUCCAAAUCUCCAAUGAGAUCUCGAAAGAGACCCAGAUCUCCAAGCAGAUCCAAAUCUCCAUCGAUAUCCCAAUCUCCAAAGAGGAGAUUCAAGCGUCUUAAGAUGACAGCAAAGUCUCCAAUGAGAUCCAGAUCACCAAGGAGAUCCAAAUCUCCAAUGAUAUCCGGAUCUCCAAAGAGGAGAGUCCAGACUCCAAAGAGGACGGCAAAAUCUCGAAAGAGACCCAGAUCUCCAAGCAGAUCCAAAUCUCCAUCGAUAUCCCAAUCUCCAAAGAGGAGAGUCAAGCGUCAAAAGAUGACGGCAAAGUCUCCAAUGAGAUACAGAUCGCCAAGGAGAUCCAAAUCUCCAAUGAUAUCCAGAUCUCCAAAGAGGAGAGUCCAGACUAAAUCUCCAAUGAGAUCUCGAAAGAGACCCAGAUCUCCAAGCAGAUCCAAAUCUCCAUCGAUAUCCCAAUCUCCGAAGAGGAGAGUCAAGCGUCAAAAGAUGACAGCAAAGUCUCCAAUGAGAUCCAGAUCGCCAAGGAGAUCCAAAUCUCCAAUGAUAUCCAGAUCUCCAAAGAGGAGAGUCCAGACUCCAAAGAGGACGGCAAAAUCUCCAAGGAGAUCCAAAUCCCCGAUGAUAUCCCAAUCUCAAAAGAGGAGAGUCCAGACUCCAAAGAUAAGGGGAAGAUCUCCAAAGAGGAGAGUCCAGACUCCAAAGAGGAGAGUCCAGACUCCAAAGAUAAGGGGAAGAUCUCCAAAGAGGAGAGCUAAGUCUCCAACGAGAUCCAGAUCUCCAAGGAGGAGAAACUGA